AAUCAGGGAAUGGCGGCUCACAUCACCCACUGCCGACUCAAAGCCAAGGGCAUGGGCCAACACCACAACGCCCAGAACUUCCAUAACCAGAGCUUUGAGGACCUGCAAGCAACCUGUCUGAGGAAGGGGGAGCUGUUCGAGGACUCCUUUUUCCCUGCCGAACCCAGGUCCCUGGGCUUCAAGGAUCUGGGUCCCAACUCCAAAAGCGUGCAGAACAUCUCCUGGCAGAGGCCCAGUGAAAUCACAAGCAAUCCUCAUUUCAUUAUGAAUGGGAUCAGUCCAACAGACAUCUGCCAGGGUGUACUUGGGGACUGCUGGCUGCUGGCUGCCAUUGGCUCCCUCACCACCUGCCCCAAACUGCUGUACCGUGUGGUACCCAAGGGGCAGAGCUUCAAGAAAAACUAUGCAGGCAUUUUCCAUUUUCAGAUUUGGCAGUUUGGACAAUGGAUGGACGUGGUGGUGGAUGACCGGCUGCCCACAAAGAAUGGCAAGCUGGUGUUCGUGCACUCCGCUGAGCGCGCUGAGUUCUGGAGUGCCCUGCUGGAGAAGGCAUAUGCCAAGCUGAAUGGGUCCUAUGAAGCUCUGUCGGGGGGCAACACAGUAGAGGGCUUUGAAGACUUCACAGGGGGCGUGACCUAUAGCCUCCAACUCCAGAAGCCCCCUCGGAACCUGCUGAGGAUUCUUAGGAAGGCCAUAGAGCGAUCCUCCCUCAUGGGCUGCUGCAUCGAAGUCACCAGCGACAGUGAGUUGGAGGCCAUGACCCAGAGGAUGCUAGUGAAAGGGCACGCCUACUCCGUGACCGGCCUCCAUGAUGUCUUCUACAGAGGCAGGACGGAAACCCUGAUUCGGGUCCGGAAUCCCUGGGGCCGGAUCGAGUGGAAUGGAGCCUGGAGUGACAAUGCCAGCGAGUGGGACAAAGUGGCCCCAGAAACCCAGAAACAGCUGCUUCAGAAGAGGGAGGAUGGGGAGUUCUGGAUGUCCUACCAAGACUUCCUGGACAACUUCACACUCCUGGAGAUCUGCAACCUGACGCCUGACACGCUCUCCUGGGACGACAGGGGCUGUUGGCACACCACCUUCUGCGAGGGCAGCUGGCGGCGGGGCAGCACUGCGGGGGGCUGCAGGAACCACCCCGACACAUUCUGGACCAACCCCCAGUUCAGGAUCUCUCUCCCGGAGGGGGAUGACGACCCAGAGGACGACGAAGUUGUCUGCACCUGCCUGGUGGCCCUGAUGCAGAAGAACUGGCGACGGGCACGGUCCCUCGGAGCCCAGCUGCAGACCAUUGGAUUUGUCAUCUACUCGGUCCCAAAGGAGUUUCAGAACAUCCAGGAUACUCGCUUGAAGAAGGACUUCUUCAUAAAGUAUCAGGACCAUGGCUUCUCAGAGAUCUUCACUAACUCGCGGGAGGUGAGCAGUCAUCUCCGGCUGCCUCCGGGGGAAUAUGUCAUCAUUCCCUCCACCUUUGAGCCACACAGAGAUGCCGACUUCCUGCUACGGGUCUUCACAGAAAAGCACAGCGAGUCCUGGGAACUGGAUGAAGCCAACUGUGCUGAGCUACUCCAGGAGGAGAAGUUCUGUGAGAAUGACGUAGACCAGGACUUCAUACAUUUGUUUGGGAUAGUGGCAGGAGGAGAGGACAAGGAGAUAGGCAUGUAUGAGCUACAGAAGCUGCUCAACAAGGUGGUCACCAAAUUCAGAAACUUCAGGACCCAGGGCUUCGGCCUGGAUGUGUGCCGCUGUAUGGUCAACCUCAUGGAUAAAGAUGGCUCUGGCAAGCUAGGGCUUCUGGAGUUCCAGAUCCUGUGGAAAAAAAUCAAGAAAUGGACGGACAUCUUCCGAGAGUGUGACGAGGACAACUCAGGCAGCUUGAACUCCUAUGAGAUGCGCUUGGCAAUUGAGAAAGCAGGCAUCAAGCUGAAUAACAAGGUGAUGCAGGUGCUGGUGGCCAGGUAUGCAAACGAUAACAUGAUCGUGGAUUUUGACAGCUUCAUCAGCUGCUUCCUGAGGCUCAAGGCCAUGUUCACAUACUUUCUAUCCAUGGACCCCAAGAACACUGGCUAUAUUCGCUUGAAUCUGAACCAGUGGCUGCAGACAACCAUGUGGGGAUAG